AUGUCGUCCAAUUCAAACACUCCGAGAACCUCCAAUGAGGUGGCUUUAGAUCACUUCGUUUUCCAACCAGUCACUCAAGAUAUGAUCAAUCACCUCGCCCAAAAGGCAAGAGAAGUCAUUCAGUGCGAACCCACACAGAUCUCCUCAAGUCAAGUUCCCUCGCCGCCUCAAACCCCCCCUCAAGAGACACGAUCAGCGUCGGAUUUACCGUCAUUGGAGAGAUUCAUCGCUUCUUUGGUAAAGAGAUCAAACGUCCAGGUACCUACACUUAUGACCAGUUUGGUAUACCUGGCCAGACUGAAGAAGAGACUACCGCCAGUUGCAAAGGGUUUAAGGUGUACAGUUCACAGAAUAUUCCUUGCAACAUUGAUCUUAUCGGCCAAGUUCCUCAACGAUUCGUCACCCAAAAACAAGCACUGGGCCGAGUACUCGAACGUCCGGGGUUACGAUGACUUCUCAUUCACCAGGACAGAAGUCAACCUUAUGGAGAAGCAGUUACUUCAGCUACUCAACUGGGAUUUGAUUGUUAACGAGAAUGAUCUCUACACUCAUUUGGAACCUUUCCUCACACCAAUCCGAUUUGACUUAGAUCGAAAGCAAGAACAACUCCGUCUUCACGAAGCACGUCAACAAGCCAUUCGGGAACAAGAAGCUCUUGCAAUGCAAAACAUGUCUUUCGAUCCAACCGGAAGAUACUGGAUUCCGGCGACCGAAGACAAGUACAUGUCAUACUAUGCUGAACAACAAACCCUCUUCCCAAACGACGACACAUACAACUACAACUCACCACCUUCCUCGUCAGAAGUUCCCGGUCUUACUCGCAGUGGUACCGCCGACACCCUCGAUGCCACAUCCUCUUCCGCCUCAUCUUACAUCUCCGAGUUAUCUCGCUCAGGCACACCUCUGUCAUCCGUCAGCAGCUAUCUCGAUGAAAAUGAUACCAUGCAAUGCGAUACCUACUCCCCCUCAGGUGUUGUCCGCGACAUUGUCACCGUCCACAUUCCCGGCGCUGAUGGCAAACUCAGACCUAUGCUUCCAUACGAAAUCGACAAUAUGGCUCAUCAGGACAACAUGGCAAUUUCAGAGGAGAAGCGUCGCACGAUCAAGAAAUCAAAGGGCAAUUUCUUGACGCGAUACUUUGGUGGUCAGAAGAAUCUCUCCACCGCGUGA